CUUCAAACCACAGAAUUACUAUUGCAUAAUGUAAACUGUGGACUUCAUGCUGCCAAACGGUGACGAUGCCUUUUGUUUACCUUGUCUACCACGGGGUCUUGAAGAAAGUUCAAUAAAUUCACUGCGCCACUCAAUGUUACUGACCUGCAGUGAAGUGACCAACUCCGGUUACAUCUGUUCUGUCAAAGCAGAAAUGAAGUGGUUAAUAAUAGUUUUAUUUUCAAUCUACUUUACCGAAUCUGUCAUCAGGAUUCCUCUAAUUCGUUUUAAGACAAUAAGGAGAUUGCUCAGAGAAAGAAAUGAACUAGAAGAAUUUCUCCAAAAUCACAAUUCAGAUGCCUUUUUCCGCAAAUACAAUAGCUGUUAUCCUUCUGAAGUUUUAAUGAUGCAAGAUAUUGGUGUCACUUCAGAGCACUUAUCAAAUUAUAUGGAUGCCCAAUAUUAUGGAGAGAUUAGUAUUGGAACUCCACCGCAGACAUUUACUGUAGUGUUUGACACUGGCUCCUCUAAUCUCUGGGUGCCUUCAGCCUACUGCAUCAGCAAGGCAUGCGAACGACAUCGACGCUUUCAAUCAUUUUUCUCAUCAUCAUAUUCUCCCAAAGGAAACUCUUUUGCCAUACGAUAUGGCACUGGGCAACUCAUGGGAAUGAUGGGUAAAGAUAAAAUCACAAUUGGAAACAUUACCAUAAAUGGACAAGAAUUUGGGGAAUCUAUCUAUGAGCCAGGUUCGACAUUUACUGUUGCACAUUUUGAUGGUAUUUUAGGUUUAGGAUAUCCAUCUUUAGCUGAAGGUGAUGCCAUUCCCGUGUUUGACAGAAUGAUAAACCAGAGACUGUUGGAUAAACCCAUGUUUUCCAUCCUAAUAAACAGAGAAAUAGACAGUGAAAAUGGUGGUGAAUUGAUCCUCGGAGGCAUUGACCAAUCACAUUACACAGGCCGAAUUAAUUGGGUCCCUGUCUCACAACAGGCUUACUGGGAAAUUGAAGUGCAAAAAAUAAAAUAUAACAACAUUAUCACCUGUCAGAAUGGGUGUUCUGCAAUAGUUGACACUGGAACUUCUUUGAUAGCUGGUCCUCCGAGCUCAAUAAGAAAUAUGUUUCCUAAUUAUAAAGAAUUUCAGCUUGGCCGGGGAGAGCUUAAGGUAGAAUGCAGAAAAAUUCCCCAGCUGCCAAGCAUGACUUUCACUAUUAAAGAUGUGGAAUAUACAUUGGAAGCACAAGACUAUAUUAAAAAGUUUCACGAUGAACAGGAAAUGUGCCUUUAUGGAUUCCAGGCAAUAAAUAUGUACUCUUCUAAAGGACCUCUUUGGAUUCUGGGAGAUGUUUUCCUUGCAAAAUUCUACACCAUUUUUGACCGUGAACGUAAUCAAGUGGGAUUUGCUAAAUCUCGACAUGCAGUGAACAGUGGAGAGAGUGCAGUGGAUUGAAAUAUCAGAAGUGAACUGUACCUAUUUAUUAUCAGUAAAAUUGUCUUUAAUGGUUGAAUGGUACAAAGCAAUAUUUCAUAGCGUUUUUCAAAUGAAAAAUUUGUACUCAGUUUUACCAAAAUAAAAAUAAUCAAUA